CCCUCAAAAUCCUCCAUUUAAUUCUCUCUUUCUCUCUCUAUCAAUUCCAAACCAAACCAAAUACACUCUUUGAUCCAAUUCGCUGUAAAUCCGACUCCUUUUCACACUCAAUAAAAUAAUCAAAUCCUGCAGGAAAAAAGUUAGAAAUUGGUUUCUAUAUAUGUCCACCUUCAACCCCAUUCAUUUCCUUCAUCCUUUUCUCCCUCUCUAGCUUGUGUCUGUAUUAUUAUAUAAUAAAUCUCUGACUGAACACUCACACUCACCACCUGCUUCUCUCUCUCUUUAUCUUUCCAUCUUUGUGCUUCCAUAUACAUACUUACAUACAACACACUCCAAAAGGUCAUUGAUCAAUCAAGUGGAUUUUUUAGAUGGAGACUUGAUAAGCUGAAAAAUCUGUUUAGAAUAGAGAAAAAAGAGGGUUUUCAACUUUUUAUCAAAGAAAAUGUCGGGUCAGAAACAAGCAGAAGACUCGAUAAUUUCAUCAAACUUCAUUGAAAAUGAGCAUCAAGGAGGGGGGAAAGAGCAAGUGGGUGAAGAAGAAGAAGACCACUCAGUUUUCUCCAUGAGUAAUAUUCUUUGGCAUGGAGGUUCUGCCUGGGAUGCUUGGUUCAGUUGUUCUUCAAAUCAAGUGGCACAAGUGCUGUUAACACUACCCUACUCUUUUUCUCAACUGGGUAUGGUCUCAGGAGUUGUGCUUCAAGUUUUCUAUGGUCUUCUUGGCAGCUGGACAGCUUAUCUCAUCAGUGUUCUUUACAUAGAGUACAGAAGCAGAAAAGAAAAAGAAGGUGCCAGCUUCAAGAACCAUGUUAUUCAGUGGUUUGAAGUUCUUGAUGGAUUAUUGGGACCUUACUGGAAAGCAAUAGGUCUGGCAUUCAACUGCACUUUUCUUCUGUUUGGAUCAGUGAUACAACUUAUAGCUUGUGCAAGUAAUAUAUACUACAUAAAUGAUCAUUUGGACAAAAGGACUUGGACUUAUAUAUUUGGAGCAUGUUGUGCCACCACAGUGUUUAUUCCAUCUUUCCACAACUACAGAAUUUGGUCUUUUCUUGGCCUUGGGAUGACCACUUAUACUGCAUGGUACAUGGCUAUUGCUGCUCUGAUUCAUGGUCAGAUUGAUGGUGUUCAACAUUCUGGUCCCAAGAAACUGGUUCUUUAUUUCACCGGAGCUACCAAUAUACUUUACACGUUUGGUGGACAUGCUGUCACUGUAGAAAUUAUGCACGCGAUGUGGAAACCCCGAAAAUUCAAGUAUAUUUACCUGGCUGCCACUUUGUAUGUUUUCACAUUAACACUCCCGUCUGCUACUGCGGUUUAUUGGGCGUUUGGCGAUAAGCUCCUGGACCACUCAAACGCCUUCUCUCUCCUACCCAAGACCCGUUGGCGUGAUGCCGCAGUCAUUCUAAUGCUUAUUCAUCAGUUUAUUACAUUUGGAUUCGCAUGCACGCCAUUGUAUUUUGUGUGGGAGAAGGUGAUCGGGAUGCACGACACAAAGAGCAUAUUUUUACGGGCACUAGCAAGGCUACCGGUGGUGAUACCGAUUUGGUUCUUGGCUAUCAUAUUUCCUUUCUUCGGGCCCAUCAACUCCGCAGUCGGUGCACUCUUGGUUAGCUUCACAGUCUACAUCAUUCCUGCUCUUGCACACAUGCUUACCUAUAGAAAGGCCUCUGCUCGUCAGAACGCGGCAGAAAAACCUCCUCGCUUCCUACCAAGUUGGACAGCCAUGUACAUGAUCAACGUGUUUAUAGUCAUUUGGGUUCUAGUGGUUGGCUUCGGAUUUGGUGGAUGGGCUAGUGUGACCAACUUUGUUAGACAGAUUGAUACGUUUGGAUUAUUUGCCAAGUGCUACCAGUGUAAGCCGCCUGCAAAGCCGCCUCUGCAACAACACUGAAUUGACUUGAACCAUAGGGAUCGAGUUUGUUUUUCUCUCUCGAUCCGUAUUGUAUUGUACAUGGGAGCAUCAAACAUUACCCCUUCAUGUGAUGUGUGUUGGCUUGUUUUUUUUUUUUUUUAUCUUGAUUUUUGGUUUAUAUUUUGUUUUGAUCCCUUUAAUAUGUUAGUAGUGUGAAUUGUGAUGAUUCCUUUGCUAGAAAAGCUUAGGCUCAUUUGGAACCACAUAUGCUUAGUACUUUAUUCCACCUUUGUUGGUUAGCCAUCAAUUGAAUAUAUUAAUUAAGGUGCUUCUUGCUAUUAUUGUAA